UUUGCGCAGAUCCCAUACCUGGAGGUGCACACGGAAGACAAACGUCGGUCGCGGGCCAAACGCAAUGUACUUGGCAAGGACUGCGACGAAAACUCAAAGGAGCAGCUAUGCUGCCGGUACCCUUUGACUGUGGACUUCGAGGAUUUUGGCUGGGACUGGAUCAUUGCACCCAAGAAGUACGAGGCCAACUACUGUUCGGGAGAAUGUCCGAUGGUGUUCCUGCAGAAGUACCCGCACACCCACCUCGCACAGCUCACCAACAAGUCGGGCGCGUACCCGGGCACCGGUCCGUGCUGCGCUCCCCGCAAGCUGUCCGCCAUAUCCAUGCUGUACUUCGACCAGGACUUCAACAUUAUCUACGGCCUGUUGCCCGGCAUGGUGGUGGACAGAUGUGGGUGCAGUUAGAGACCAACGCCGUCGUUGAUAUGAUAUUAUUAUUAUUAUUAUUAUUAUUAUUAUUAUUAUCAUAUUUUAUAAUAAUAUUAUGCAAAAAUAUUAUAAUUUUACUAUUACUAUUAUUAUUAUUUUAUAAUUCGUCCCAGUUGCAUUUACUAUUGUAUUGCAUACCUAUACUAUAU